AUGCUAUGCCCAACAGGUCCAGGCAAUAUCACUGCAGCGUCGUGCCCUAUUGUAGAUGUUCAAAAGGUUGGCAGCGUUCUGACUUCAUCAAGACUCCUUGCUUAUGAGUGCUGCAAUAGAAUUUGCCAGAAUUCCAUAUCAGUUGCAGCUGAAAAACUAGCUUUCAGUAAUUAUGACAUGAAAACAUUGAGUAACAUUUCCAUCUUGCUUGAUGAAUCAGCUAUUAUAAGGGACUGUAUGAAUAUCAUGCUCCGAUGGCUUGCCACCUGCCCACUGGUAUUUCUGGAUAUCACUGAAAUUUCUGAAGAAUGUGGAGAUCAAGUGAAUAAUAAGACAUCUUGUUGCAAUGCCAUGGAGAGUUAUAUUCUCGCCUGCAAGAGGAAAGGUUUAUUACUAAAUUUGCAAGCAGUAAACUGUGCUUCCUUGCUUGGUUUGAAAUUGCAGUGUGCUAACAUUUCUAGCAAUGUAUUUAGCGUCUGCCAUAAACAGCAGCAGGACUUCUCACCUCAGUUGACUCAAAAGGUAGUAGUUUGA